CAGAGCUCGGUGGGUGUGGGGGACUCGUGCAUGAAUGCCAAGCUGUAAUGUGUUGGUCACAUCAGAAACGCACUUACCCCAACACAACGUCUUCAUAUACAUGUCUUAACGUAUACAAAAUUAAAUUAAAAAAAAAUAAUACUAAUAGAGAUUAGUGUGAAUUAUGGUGAAAUCAUGAUUGAAGAAACAAACUGCAAUGAUUAGAAACGUAACAAUGAGAGAGUGACGGUUAGGCGUUUUUGUUUUCACGUUUGAGAACUCUGGGUUGGCUCAAUUUAACUGCACACUGUGUCUUUGUUUCUCGCUCUAUGCCUUUUUUCUCUCCCCGUUUUGUGGUGGCUGCUCCGGUGCUGAAUUAUCUAUCGCGAAGUUCGGUGAGCACUUGAGAGUGUGGAGUUUUGGAGUUUUUGAUCGCGGAGGAGGUGUUGCAUGCGUGAGUGUUGAGUGGUUCUGUGUUCUGCUUCGGAGGAGGAUUCUUGUGGUGAAUUGUUCCGAUUGUUGGGGAGUGUUCUGAAUUUGGUGAAGUUGUUGGAAGUGAAAUUUCGGUGUGGCAAAAUGUUCGGGAGAGGGCACGGGAGCGGUGGAGUUGCGGCACCGGUGGUGGUUCCGAAGCGUUUCGUUUGGCCUCAUGGAGGGAGAAGGGUGUUUCUGAGUGGCUCUUUCACGAGGUGGUCGGCAUUUAUACCUAUGUCACCGAUUGAAGGAUGCCCGACUGUAUUUCAAGUUAUUUGCAGCUUAACGCCAGGAUAUCAUCAGUACAAAUUUAAUGUGGAUGGUGAGUGGCGGCAUGAUGAGCAUCAGCCAUUUGUAAGGGUGGACUAUGGGAUAGUGAAUACUAUUUAUUUAGUGAGAGAACUAAAUAUUUUACCUCCUAUCUUAAGUCUUGAAACCCCUGGUCGAUCCCACAUGGAGGUUGACAAUGACGUCUUUGGGCAUGUGGAAGCAAAUCCAAGGAUGUCAGAGUCUGAUCUGCAGGUCUCUCAACACCAUAUAUCUUUAUUCUUGUCUACACAUACUGCUUAUGAGUUGGUUACUGAAUCAGGCAAGGUUAUUGCCUUGGAUGUAACUUUACCAGUUAAGCAAGCAUUCCAUGCUCUUCAUCAGGAGGGAAUAUCUAUCGCUCCUGUAUGGGAUUCUAGCAAGUGUCAGUUUGUUGGAAUGCUUAGUGCAAUGGACUUCAUUCUAAUUCUAAAAGAGAUGGGGAAUCUUGGAUCAAAGUUGACUGAAGAACAACUUGAGACACACACUAUAGCAGCAUGGAGGGAGGCAAAGAUACAAGAAUGCGGAACUGAAAGCAAUGGGAAAAAAUACCCUCGACGUUUUAUUCAAGCUGGGCCCCAGGAGUGUCUAAAAGAUGUUGCUUUAAAAAUUUUGCAAAAUAAGGUGGCAACAGUUCCUAUUAUUCAUUCUUCUUCAGAGGAUGGUUAUUUUCCUCAGCUACUACAGCUUGCUUCCCUCCCAGGAAUACUAAAAUGUAUAUGCAGGCAUUUUAAGCACUCUUCUGAUUCCUUGCCCAUUCUUCAGCUACCAAUUGGUUCGGUACCUGUAGGUACAUGGGUGUCAAAAAGGGGGGAAUCCAAAAAAAAGCCACUUGCUAUGCUAAGGCCAAAUGCUUCUCUUGGUGAUGCUUUGUCUCUUAUGAUUCAAGCUGAAGUUAGCUCAAUACUGAUUGUGGAUGAUAAUGAUUCGUUACUUGAUAUAUAUUCAAGAAGAGAUAUUAUUUCAUUGGUUAAACAUAAUGCGUAUGCAAGGAUAAGUCUGGAUGGGUUUAGUAUCCAUCAGGCAUUGCUUUUGGGACGAUAUGCAAACUUCCCUUACGGUCUUCGCAAUGGCCAGAGAUGUCACAUCUGUAUGAGGUCUGACGCAUUGCACAAAGUGAUGGAGCGGUUGGCAAAUCCUGAUGUUGGACGACUUGUGGUUGUGGAAGCGGGAAGCAGGCGUGUGGAAGAAAUCAAGGAGGAAAGAGUAAAAUAUUUAGCCGUAUGCGGCACACCGUUGGCUGGUUGCAACUUGCAAGUAAAAGGUACUUCCUUCAGGUUCAAAUGUUCAAUUAUCAUUCCAGAUUUUUCUCAUAACCGGUUUGCUUGCAUUUUAAUGAAUUCGUCUUUUCCUAAUCUAGCAAUUGGCAAAUGGGUAGGACCGUAAGCAUAAUAUUUAUGAUCAAUUAAUACUUCUUAAGUUAUUGCACUCGAUACUAUUAUUAGGUAAAUAUUCAAUUUUUGUUAUAAAUUUU